CUUGGAUACUUGCCUUUAUGAGCGAACUUGACUAUCACACUGCUGCAUGCGCUUUAUGCCAGGAGAAAAGAACAGUCGAGACAAAUCCUGCGCCAAUUGAAUAUCCCUGCAUAUGAUCUGUUUUCAAUUCGUUUGAACCUGAACGGCCCGAUCUAAUGUCAUGAUGCCCACGAAUACCCCAUUCAAGUCCUCUCCUCUGUCGUUUGGCUCCCCACGAGCUUCACCGUUUCGUCGACCUUCAACACCAAAUUCCCCGCCGCAGGGUCGUUCGAGCACACCCGGGAGUUCCCCCGGUCGAACACUCCCGCCAGUUCCCUCGCCCAGCAAACUGAAUCAGUCAUACACGGUCGAAGAUGACCCUGAAGAGUCCCCGGGGUAUCACAUUAGCGAUGCGCCAAUUCCUCCACCCAAGUUCAGCAGAGAGCUGCCCCCAUCGCCAACCAAGGGAGCUAAUUUGGGCAGUUCGUCUCCGAUCUUGAGUACCAGACAGUCCAACAGCAUGAUAAACGCAGCUAGUGAUGCAGCAGCCAACCUGUCGCCGGCACAAUUAAGGGAGAUACGGGAGGCGUUCCAGGUGCUGGAUCGGGAUAAUGAUGGGUCUGUGAAUCGGGAAGAUGUGGCCGAUGUGCUGGUCAAUGUUGGGUUGAAUGCAUCUGCAAUCUCGCAAUUCUUCCCACCCGGGGCGCCUCAAACGAUCCACUUUCCCACCUUCUUGAACAACCUAUCCGACUUAGUCAGCCCCCUGUCAUCACGCCAGGAGCUUGUUAACGCGCUGGCCGCCUUUGACGACGACGACAGCGGUCAAGUUGACGUGAACGAACUACGGGAUGCGCUGUUACACACUUCGCCGGAAGAUGGGGAGCAUCCACUUACGGAACGGGAAAUAGACGAGGUGCUGAGUGGAUACACUGGACGCAGAGUCUUUGGAGGGAAAAGCUCCAAGGCUGCAGGGGGUGGGAAGCGAGGAGAAGUGUUUCGAUACCAGGAGUUUGUCGAUUCGAUCAUGGGAGGGACGGAGAAUGGGCGGCAAGCUGAAACUGCGCGGAUUGCAUAGAACGGAUGUUCUAUUAUUGUUUCUUGGGAUAAUGGCGUUGGGCGGCAUUGAGAUUACUGGCGGUUAACUUAUUUGAUGUUGCAACACAAUACUUGGGGCGCCUAUUGUAGGGAAUAUAUAGAUGCACGAGUCAAUGAUGGAGGCUGGUGAAUAGCCUCAGACUGCGACAGACACUGUCUCGGGAUCGACUCUAUACAUUGAUUUAACUGAAUACCGUGAAUUACUAGUACAACCAGCAAAAUGAAAUGUCUAUGCCCAAACCAUUCUGUU